AUGGCUUCGCCCCACGAAAAGGCAGGACCCCUCGCGGACACAAACAAUGACUCGGCAACAGCAGGCAAGCCGGUUGCUCCGCAGGAGCCGUCUGUCUCGGAACCAGAUGCAGACAAGGUCCAGCAAUCACGUCCAGGCUACGAUCCCGAGGCCGAAAAGAACUUUCAGCCAAAAACACUCAAGUUCUGGCUCAUCAUCCUGCCAAUCUUCGUGUCCGUCUUUCUCGUGGCCCUGGAUCGCACCAUCCUCGCCACGGCUGUUCCUCGCAUUACCGACGAGUUCAAGAGUCUCGGGGACAUUGGCUGGUACGGAUCAGCGUACAUGCUUGCCACGUCGGCCUGCCAACUACUCUUCGGCCGCAUCUACCGCUUCUACAGCAUCAGGUGGACCUUGCUCGUCACCAUUGUCGUCUUUGAAAUCGGCUCGGCAGUCUGUGGCGCAGCCCCCAGCUCGGAAGUCUUCAUCGCCGGCCGCGCCAUUGCCGGCGUGGGCUCCGCGGGCAUCUGGACCGGCUCCAUGAUGUCGAUUAUCCCCAUGGUGCCGCUGCACAAGCGGCCCGUGUUUCAGGGCCUCUUCGGCAUGGUCUUUGGCAUAUCGUCGGUUUCGGGGCCCCUCAUCGGCGGUGCCUUUACGGAGCGCGCCACCUGGCGCUGGUGCUUCUACAUGAACCUGCCCAUCGGCGCCGUCGCCUUUGCGCUGCUGUACCUCUUUAUGCACCCUGCUUCGCCAAAGGUUGAGCGUGCGACCGCGAUGCAGCAGAUUACCCGCCUCGACCCCCUGGGCACCUUCUUCUUCGUGCCUUCAGUGGCUUGUCUCUUGCUGGCGCUGCAGUGGGGUGGCUCGACCUAUGCAUGGAGCAACUGGCGCAUUAUCCUGCUCUUUGUCAUGUUUGGCGUGACGGCCGUGGCUUUUGCCGUGGUACAGGUCCGGAUGCCAGAAACGGCCACUCUGCCCGUGAGAAUUUUGAGACGCCGGACAGUACUUUCGGCAACGUUUUUCAUGCUGUUCCUGGCUGCCAGCAUGAUUCUGGUCAUUUACUACCUUCCUCUCUGGUUCCAAGCCACCAAAAAUGUCAACCCCGUCGAUUCCGGCAUCUACACCAUCCCCCUGGUCCUCAGCCUCGUCGUCGCCUCCAUCGCCAAUGGCAUCGUCACGCAAAAGAUUGGCUACUACGCUCCCUCCAUGAUCCUCAGCCCCUGCGUCACGGCCAUAGGCUACGGUCUCCUGACGACGUUUACCCCCGACACCGGGUCCCCCCGCUGGAUCGGGUACCAGUUCAUCACCGGUUUCGGAAUCGGCCUGGGCAUGCAGUCCACGGGGCUCGCCAUGCAAGCAACGCUGCCAAGAGAAGACAUCUCCACCGGCGUGGCCAUUACCUUUUUCGCGCAGCAGCUCGGCGGCGCCGUAUUCGUCACGGUAGGGCAGACGAUCCUGUCGACGCUGCUCGUCAAGCAGCUGAGGGACGUGCCCGGCCUGGACGCCGCUAGGAUUGUGAGGACCGGCGCCACGGAGCUCCACAAGGCUGUUCCCGCCCAGUUCGUCGGCACCGUCAUCAACGCGUACAAUUUCGCCGUGACGCGCAUUUUCUACUGCGCCUUGGCUCUAGCGCUUGCGCAGUUGGUAGCCGCCUCGUUUAUCGAGUGGCGCAGCAUCAAGAAGCCCAAGGGUGUGGCUGCUGCUGCAGACAAGGCAGCCGACGCUUGA